GUCUGGGGGAGGUCACCCUGUCACUGCUGAAGGAAUGCCUCAUUUCCAGGUCAUUUGCAUGGGCCCUGCUGUGAAAUGAACCAAGCAAGGACUUGUCGGACACUUCCUUCCUUGCCUUGUUGAACACUCCCAGCACAGCGAUUGUUCCACUGUUGUUCUAAUUGUGUCCUGUCCUCCUCUUGCCAAGGCAAACAGCCCAGUCUCGAGUAGGCGUCCCUUAGGCUCGUCUGCCAGCCUGAACAUGAACACAGGUAAAGCUGAUGACAGCCAGGGUUCCCAAGGGACGUGGGGCCCCUUGGGGUCUGGCCCCCAGGAGCAGGUCGUCUCAUGAUGUUGGUGUCCGGGAGUAAGCACCAUGCCCAUCACCCAGGACAAUGCCGUGCUGCACCUGCCCCUCCUCUACCAGUGGCUGCAGAACAGCCUGCGGGAGGGUGGGGAUGGGCCGGAGCAGCGGCUCUGCCAGGCGGCCAUCCAGAAGCUGCAGGAAUAUAUCCAGCUGAACUUCGCUGUGGAUGAGAGUGCAGUCCCACCUGACCACAGCCCCCCGGGGAUGGAGAUCUGUACUGUGUACCUCACCAAGGAGCUGGGGGACACAGAGACCGUGGGCCUCAGUUUUGGUAACAUCCCUGUUUUUGGGGACUAUGGUGAAAAGCGCAGAGGGGGCAAGAAGAGAAAAACUCACCAGGGCCCUGUGCUGGACGUGGGCUGCAUCUGGGUGACGGAGCUGAGGAAGAACAGCCCAGCAGGGAAGAGUGGGAAGGUCCGACUGCGGGAUGAGAUCCUCUCCCUAAACGGGCAGCUGAUGGUCGGAGUUGAUGUCAGUGGGGCCAGUUACCUGGCUGAGCAGUGCUGGAAUGGCGGCUUUAUUUACCUGAUCAUGCUUCGUCGCUUUAAGCACAAAGUCCAUUCUCCUUAUAAUGGCAACAGUAGCAACAGCUCUGAACCAGGAGAAACACCUACAUUGGAGCUGGGUGACCAAACUGUGAAAAAAGGGAAAAGAACAAGGAAGUUUGGAGUCAUUUCCAAACCUUCUCCCCACAAGGCCACUGAAGAAUCCAAGAGCAGCACUGGCUGUGAGUUGGACAAUGACCCCAUCUCUGAGCUGGACAAUGGCCCGGACUCUGACCUUGGAAAUGGUCAUGCCUUUGAGCUAGAAAAUGGUCCAGAUUCUCUCAAGGAGGUGGCUGGAUCCCAUCUCGACGGGUCAGAAGUGGACAGAGGGACAGAGCAUAGAAUUCCAAAGACAGAUGCUCCUCUGCCCACAGGUGAUGACAAACGCCGCGUCUCAAAAUCUGGGAAGACGGACUUCCAAUCGAGUGACUGCCUGGCACGGGAGGAAGUUGGCCGGAUAUGGAAGAUGGAGCUGCUUAAAGAAUCGGAUGGGCUGGGAAUUCAGGUUAGCGGAGGCCGAGGAUCAAAGCGCUCACCUCACGCUAUCGUUGUCACUCAAGUGAAGGAAGGAGGUGCCGCUCACAGGGAUGGCAGACUGUCCUUAGGAGAUGAACUGCUGGUAAUCAAUGGUCACUUAUUGGUCGGGCUCUCCCACGAGGAAGCUGUGGCCAUUCUUCGCUCAGCCACUGGAAUGGUUCAGCUGGUGGUGGCCAGCAAGGAAAGCUCUGCAGAGGACCUACUGAGGUUAACAUCUAAGAGUUUGCCUGAUCUGACCAGCUCAGUAGAGGAUGUGUCCUCUUGGACCGACAACGAAGACCAGGAGCCAGACGGGGAAGAGGAUGAAGGGACCAGCUCAUCUUCCGUCCAGGGAGCAAUGCCUGGGACAGAGGAGCCCCAAGAUUUGUGUGGCCUCGAGGAAUCCAAGGGCAACCUGGAAAGUCCCAAACAGGGCAGCAGUAAACUGAAGCUCAAGAGUCGUCUCUCAGGGGGCGUACACCGUCUAGAGUCUGUUGAAGAAUAUAACGAGCUGAUGGUGCGAAAUGGGGAUCCCCGGGCCAGGAUGUUUGAGGUCUCCCGAGAUGGCCGAAAGCACUCUCUUCCACAGCUACUGGACUCUUCAGGAGCGGCACAGGAAUACCACAUUGUAAAGAAGUCCACCCGCUCCCUAAGCGCUACUCAGGUGGAAUCUCCUUGGAGACUCAUUCGGCCAUCGGUCAUCUCUAUCAUUGGGCUGUACAAAGAAAAAGGCAAGGGUCUUGGCUUUAGCAUUGCUGGAGGUCGAGACUGCAUUCGAGGACAGAUGGGGAUUUUUGUCAAGACCAUUUUCCCAAAUGGAUCAGCUGCAGAGGAUGGAAGACUUAAAGAAGGGGAUGAAAUCCUAGAUGUAAAUGGAAUACCAAUAAAGGGCUUGACGUUUCAAGAAGCCAUUCAUACCUUUAAGCAAAUCCGGAGUGGAUUAUUUGUCUUAACGGUACGCACAAAGUUACUGAGCCCAAGCCUCACGCCCUGCUCAACACCCACGCACAUGAGCAGAUCCAGCUCCCCAAACUUCAAUGCCAGUGGAGGAACCUCAGUGGGAGGCUCCGAUGAAGGCAGUUCUUCAUCCCUGGGUCGGAAGGCCCCUGGGCCCAAAGACAGAAUUGUCAUGGAAGUAACACUCAACAAAGAGCCAAGAGUUGGGUUAGGCAUUGGUGCCUGCUGCCUAGCUCCAGAAAACAGCCCGCCGGGCAUCUACAUUCACAGCCUUGCCCCCGGAUCAGUGGCCAAGAUGGAGAGCAAUCUGAGCCGCGGAGAUCAAAUCCUGGAAGUGAACUCAGUCAACGUUCGCCAUGCUGCUUUAAGCAAAGUUCAUGCCAUCUUGAGCAAAUGCCCCCCAGGACCCGUUCGCCUUGUCAUCGGCCGGCACCCUAAUCCAAAGGUUUCCGAGCAGGAAAUGGAUGAAGUGAUAGCACGCAGCACUUAUCAGGAGAGCAAAGAGGCCAAUUCCUCUCCUGGCUUAGGUACCCCCUUGAAGAGUCCCUCUCUUGCAAAAAAGGACUCCCUGAUUUCUGAAUCGGAACUCUCCCAGUACUUUGCCCAAGAUGUCCCAGGCCCCUUGUCAGACUUUGUGGUGGCCGGCUCUGAGGACGAGGAUCACCAGGGAAGUGUCUGCAGCAUGACCGAGGACGCCAGCCCGCCGCCCAGCACCUCCACUCACAAGGAACCAGGAAAAGCCAGGGCCAAUAGCCUUGUGUGUCUAGGAAGCCAGCGGGCCUCUGGGCUCUUCCACAAGCAGGUGACAGUUGCCAGACAAGCCAGUCUCCCUGGGAGCCCACAAGUCCUCCGAAACCCUCUCUUCCGCCAGAAGAGAGUGGGCUGCUAUGAUGCCAACGAUGCCAGCGAUGAAGAGUUUGAUGCCGAAGGGGACUGCAUUUCCCUCCCAGGGACCCUUCCAGGUCCCAGCAAGCCUCUGACAGAGGACGAUUCUAGGCAUGUCUUGAUGACCUCUUCCAAGGUCAUGGGUAUCAACAAUCAGGAGGCACAGCCCCAGAAAACACUGGUCAGCAAGGCCUCCUCAGUGCCUCUCCUUGGCAGCUCGUUGGACUUAGAGGAGAGUGUCCCAAGGGGCAUGGGGGACAGUCCUUCCCACACAGCCAACCUGCUUGCCUCUGCAAAGGCUCCCAAGGGUGGCCCUGGCUGUUCGGGGAAGAAGGAACUGUCAGGAUCGAGGAGUUCACCCAAAUUGGAAUACAAAGCCGGUACAGAGACACAGAGUCUGGUGAGCACAGACAGCCCCAGUUCCCCCCAGCAGAAGAAUAACACCCUGGAGUCCAGGCACAAACCAGUGGCCAGGGUCAGCGCAUACCGCAAGAGGCCAGAGGCUGAGGCCAGGCCCAGUGGCUCGGAGACAGUAAACCUGACUGAUGGAGCCGAUGGCCCAUGUGGUCUAGACUUGAACAUCCAGGCCACUUCCGUCAAAGUGACUGUGCCUGGUUUUCGGCCAGGUGCAACUGUGGAGAAGGAAUCUCUGGGGCUGACCAUCGGGGAUGGACAUGUCCCUACCGACUGGGAGCCAACCAGUGCUCUGCCCCACCCAAAUGAUGGCCACAUCACAGAGAACCCGCCCGAAGGUGCACCAGAGCAGAAGCAACAACCCAGGACAGGCCUGGAUGGCUCCCCGGACCUCGUCCCUUCCCCAGGGCAGAAGGGGACCGCUCACCCUGACCCCAGCAAGACCUCGGUGGAUGCAGGGCAAGUGAGGCAGCCUGAGGGCCCCAGAGAGCCAGCAUCACCCAGGGUCCCCGAGUCUGAGGACGUAUCUCGAGUCAGACUCACCCGCGAGUGCAGCGCAUCCCCGGGGAAGAUGGCAACAGCUCAUCCUGACUUCAGCAAGACCCGAGCAGCUGCAGAAGCCAGCUCACCUGACACCACCAGGAAGGCCCACAGGGGAGCAGGAUCUGAGGCGGAGGGAGCAUCUCCAGCCAGCGCUGUCGUGUUACAAGACCCCCUCACAUCCCAGGAGGAGAGACAGGGGGUUCCAGGUAACCACAGCAAGGCUCUGCAAACAACAGCAACCCUCGGGCCUGAAAACUCCCAGAAGUCAGCUCUGCUCCAGGGAGUAGACUCCGUGUCUGAGGGGGCCCCACAGGCCAGCCCCACCCGGCCGUUGCCCACUAACAAGGCCCAAGAGAGGUGUGGCAGUGUCUCGGGCCACUGCUGCCCCAGGGAGAGUGAAGGGAGCCCUGUGACUGACAUCGACAGACUCAUCAGGGAGUUGGAUGCUUCUGAAGCAAGACCUCAGUCUCCCCAGAAAGGGGACCAGCCGAGUCCAGAGGGCAGCUGUCAGGAUCAACCUCCAGCGGGAGCUGGAGAAAGAAGUUCCCGCCAGGCCCAGCCUGUCACAGGGAACCAGACCCCCACCCCCAGGAGGGCCUGGGCUGCUGGCCAACCCCCUCACCCACAGUGGGCCUCCCAACCUUCAGUUUUGGAUUCAAUUAAUCCUGACAAACAUUUUACUGUGAACAAAAACUUUCUGAGCAACUACUCUAGAAAUUUUAGCAAUUUUCAUGAAGACAGUAUGUCCCUGUCAGGCCUGGGCGACAGCACGGAGCCGUCUCUCUCGUCCAUGUAUGGCGAUGCUGAGGACUCGUCUUCUGACCCCGAGUCGCUCACUGAAGCCCCACGAGCUUCCACCAGGGACAGCUGGUCACCUCCUCGUUCCCGUGGGUCUUCUCACAAGGAAGAUACUAUGGAGUCUGAGGAGGAGCAAAUUGAAAUAUGUUCCACAAAUGGUUCCCCCCUUCCACCCUCAACUACUGCUCCUGUGCCUGCCCGGGCUGCACCCUGCCCUGCUGUGGCCAAAGUUCUGCCAUUAAAGCACAGUGCUCUGAGUGAAGUGGUGGGAAGUCCAUGUGGGAGAGCUUCCUUCGUGCCAGGAGCCUCACGCCCUUCAAUCCCAGACUCUUCCCAGCCCUUGUCUCUCUUGGAUAUAAGCUCUCAGGAACAUGAACCUCACAUGGACAUAAGGAUUUCACAGAACCACAGGCCCUCAUGUGAAGAAGAAACUGUGGAAGCCCCCAGUGCUAGCUCAGCUGUGAAAAACAGGCAGCCUUCUAAAGCCACCAGGCAUUUUCAUAACCCCCCGGUCACUCUCAGCUCUCCUAACAUGGUAAAUGGUUUGAAACAUGACUUGCUAGAUGACGAAACACCAAAUAAAAAACAAGAAACAAAUGUUAAUGCAACUGAAAAUCAGUCCUCCCUCAGUGUGGAUAUCCCUAAGAAUGGAGUGUCUGUUUUGGCAAGUCCACACAUCUCCGAAAGUCAAGACCUGGAUGACUUGCUACAGAAACCAAAAAUGACCUCCAGGAGGCCCAUCAUGGCCUGGUUUAAAGAAAUAAAUAAAAAUAACCAAGGUUUGCAUUCGCAGAGCAAAACUGAAAAGGAACAAUCCGUGGUGCCCCCCAGAAGUCCUGACUUCAAAGGUCAGGUGUUGAUCUCAAGCCACAAAAAGGGAGGUGCUGUGCCGAACAGCCCUCCUCAGCUGAAACUGAGUCUUGAAAAUAAAGACUCACCUAAAAAAAGCUCGGUGGAAACACUUUUAAGUAACUGUCAGAAAUCCAAGUCUGGUCCGAAGCUGAAGAGACUGAGCAUCAAGAGCAAAGUCAGUUCCGAGGCCCGUGCUGCUAAUGCGGCUAAGGCUGGUGGGAUGGAGCACGGGAAAUCCCUCAUUUCACCACAGACCUCCCACAAAAUGCUUGCUAAGGUAGCGUCACACCAGUCCCACGUAGCUGACCAUGAGGAACCUGACAAAAAGGCCACAGCCACCCCCAAGUCUCCCCAGUGUGUGCUGGAGAGCAAGCCGCCCCCUGCUGCCUCGGGGUCACUGAAGCCCUCGGUGUCAGACACGAGCAUCAGAACAUUCACGUCGCCCCUGACUGCCCCCAGGACUUUUCCUGAGCAAGGUGCAUGCAGUAGGUUCCACACGGCUUUCCACUCAGAACCCGACGGAGGUUGCCCAGCUGCCCCCAGAUCUCCUAAGUGGGGAGCGGAGAGCAAGGCUCCCCCUGCAGCCUCGGAGGCAAGUCCCCCCGCAGCAUCAAGGAGCAGCACGGCCACAGCAGUGAACAAGCGAGAGAUCCCCCCUCCUGCACAGAGCGAGCGGUGUGUGUCCAGCCAAACGGAUUCAGCACCAGAAGCAGCCCAACCCGGAGUGACUGGUGACAAAGAAGGCAAAAUAAUUGCUAGUGAUCCUCUAGAAAGAGCAAACCAGCUGAAAAUAGUUGAAAUUUCUUCUGAAAGAAUGCCAAAGAUUGCAUGUGGUGACAAGCCAGCUGAAAGUGACAGACAGGGAGGGUUCUUGGCCCAGAGCAACUGUCAGGAGAAGAGUGAAAUCAGACUCUGCCACCAGUCAGUGGAAUCGUCCCCAGGUCAUCCCUUGUCACUCACAUCUCGUGCCCCCCAGGUGGAGCAGGAAAUACAGCGAUCUUUCAGCAUGGCCAAACGGGCUGCUUCCUCCUCCUCCCCACAACUGCCUGCUAAAAAGGCAGAUUCCUCCCAGGAGAAGUCCAGCCAGCUGUCAAACUGCCUAGGGAUGCCCAAGAACGGCACACCUGUGGGCCCAGCGCUGGAUGACCAUCCCUACUUCACGCCAAGACCAGCAACCAGAACCUACUCCAUGCCGGCCCAGUUCGCAAGCCAUUUCGGACGGGAGGGGCAUUCCUUGCACAGCCCAGGUCGCUCUCAUCGGGACAGCCAGAUCCCUGUGACAAGCGGUGGCCUCCUUGAGGCCAAGGCACCCAGGGGUGGCGUUCUUGGCCUGGUUAAUGGUCAGGGUAUAUAUAGUGUGAAGCCCCUGCUGGAGACAUCGAGGAACCUUCCACCAACAGACGAAGGGGAUGUGCUUUCAGGGCAGGAAAUGAGCUGCCUAGUCACAGACAAGAUCAAAGUCACCAGAAGACAUUACUACUCUGAGCAGAACUGGCCCCACGAAUCUACCUCAUUUUUCUCUGUCAAGCAGAGGAUCAAGUCUUUUGAGAACCUGGCCAAUUCUGACCGGCCCGUGGCCAAGUUGGGGGCAUCCCCUUUUUUGUCAGUGAGCUCCAAGCCUCCCAUUGGGAGACGGUCGUCUGGCAGCGUGGUUUCCGGGAGCCUCAGCCACACUGGUGACCCAACAGCAAGGUCGCUGAGACGCAGCCUGAGUUCCUGCAGCGAAAGCCAGAGUGAAGCCAGCACCCUCAUCCCCCAGAUGACCAAGUCCCCGUCCAGCACGACGUUGACAGUCUCCCGGCAGAAUCCGGCAGAGGCCAGUAACAAGGGCCCUGACUCGGACCCAAAGAAAUCACUUGGUUCUUCCGGAAUUCCCACCCCAGUGGUGACCCCGGCGUCUCCCGUCAAGAGGAACAAGUCCUCGGUGCGCCACAACCAGCCCUCGCCUUUAUCCCGCUCUAAGCUCCAGGAGCUGAGAGCCUUGAGCAUGCCCGACCUGGACAAGCUCUGCAGCGAGGAUUUCUCAGCAGGGCCGACCGCCAUGCUCUUCAAAACCGAGCUGGAAAUCGUCCCCAGGAGGUCACUUGGCUCCCCUCUUGGAGGCCUCAAUGGGUCCACUGCCCUUUCAUGCCCUGUGAAGGGAGGGGACAAGGCCUGUCCAGGAGGAAGCAGACCUAAAGCCAGUGACCCUCGGGUACCCAGUUCAGCCCAUGUGGGUGAAACCACCCAGGAUCAGCCUUCCGGAAAAAACUGGUCAGUUAAUUUGGAUCAACUUCUUGUCUCAGCGGGGGACCAGCAAAGAUUACAGUCUGUUCUGUCAUCGGUGGGGGCAAAGUCUACCAUCCUAACUCUCAUUCAGGAAGCGAAAGCACAAUCAGAGAAUAAAGAAGACAUUUGCUUCAUAGUCUUGAAUAAAAAAGAAGGCUCAGGUCUGGGAUUCAGUGUGGCAGGAGGGACAGACAUGGAGCCAAAACCAGUUGUGGUUCACAGGGUGUUUUCUCAGGGGGCAGCUUCUCAGGAAGGGACUGUGAACCGAGGGGAUUUCCUUCUGUCGGUCAAUGGCGCCUCACUGGCAGGCUUAGCCCACGGGGAUGUCCUGAAGGUUCUGCACCAGGCACAGCUGCACAAGGAUGUCCUCAUGGUCAUUAAGAAAGGGAAUGAUCAGCCCAGGCCCUGCACCAGGCAGGAGCCUCCCACAGCCAGUGGGAAGGGCUCGCUGUCCAGAAAGACCAUCCUCCUGGAACCUGGAAUGGGGAGAAGUGUAGCUGCACAGGAUGCUCUGUGUGUUGAAGUGCUGAAGACCUCGGCUGGGCUGGGCUUGAGUCUGGAUGGAGGAAAAUCGUCCAUGUCUGCAGAUGGGCCACUGUUCAUUAAAAGAGUGUACAAAGGUGGUGCAGCUGAACAAGCUGGAACAAUAGAAGCUGGAGAUGAAAUUCUUGCCAUUAAUGGGAAACCCCUGGUUGGGCUCAUGCACUUUGAUGCCUGGAAUAUUAUGAAGUCUGUCCCAGAGGGACCUGUGCAGUUAGUAAUUAGAAAGCACAGGAAUUCCUCAUGAAACAGGCACUAGGAGUGAUAAUCACUAGUAGUGCUUAUGUUUUUUAACCAGAAUCUCCUUUUCUCAGUUCCUUUCUUACUUUAGCAAACCAGAAUGACUUCUCAAAACGAUGGGUUCCUGAAACAACAGAGAAACAUUGGUGUAGGCGAGGACUAUGAAAAUCUCCGAGUCUUUCCUUAUACCUGAAGCUGACACCUCCUUUGUGUGCAGCAGCAAUGGAGCUGAACUCGGGAAGCCUCCCCCCUGGAUCUCCUAGGUUGGGGGGCUCAUUUGGUUCCAGUGCCUGUCCCUACCUUGUAUGUUCACUGAUGGGGACACAGAUGUGACAUGCCCUUUUUCACCUGAAACAUUCAGCUAGACCUUCACGUCCCUCUUGCCACCUCUCCCAACAUACCCAAUCUUGGCAGUCAGGGAGCUAACAGAGUCUGAGGGGCAACACAAAUGUCACAACUGAAAGGACUGUAGUUUUAUAUAAUUUUGUAGGUAAAUAACUGCUUUUAGGCACAUUCAAUGGAAAGAGCUGUAGGUCUGUAUGUUACCCUGGGGGGGGGGGGUGGAAUCAGUUAUGACCUAAUGGCUAGGCUGAGCUCAGGAAUUAUGCGAAAAUGAAAAAAGCAAGAUACAGAAAGUAAUAUUUUUUAGUGAGUAUAAUGUGCAACGUGUGGAUGCAGAGUUCAACUCAGUGGGUUGCUGAUCACCAUGAAGUGUUGAUUGUAAUUACAAAUGUAAGUCGUAAGGCUGUUUUACAGAAAUGCAGUUCUGAUAAAUUGUAUUAAAUAGCCAUGAACUUUGCUGCUUAGAGCGAGCAGAAAGUUCCAGCUCUGAAAGCACCUUGCACCUAGUUUGGAACUUGUCUUGAAUAAGGUGCCUGAAUUCAAGACUGGUCAACAUAAAAGCAGGCAAAAAUAUCACAGUCACUGGAUUUCCAUUUCUAUAUUUUAUGCACUCCAACCACUAAUUGAAACUAAAUUAUUUUUAGAAAUCAAAUAUCUUUUUAAUGCCCUUGAAUUUAUAAACAUAAGCGUUAUAUUUACAAUCCAAAUAGAAGAGCUUAAAAUCAUCCUUUUUAAGAGACUUUCUGUUUGGUUGGUUUCCCCCCUUUCCCAACAUGCUUAAGAAAUGGAACAUUUCUAAGCAUUGAUCUCCUUUCCUGACCUGGGUGUCAUGACAUAACCUCUGCAGUGACUGAAGUUUUUGCUGUUCUUGUUUUCCUGUUUUGCAAAUUCUUCCUUUUGCCAAAAAUGUUUCCCUGCAGAAGACUGUUGUGACUGACUCACACUG